AUGUGCUGCUGUAUUGAAGCUGUUGCAGCUAUUCCGGAGAAUAGGCUGAUUCUAAGGAGGGGGCAAUGUAACGAACUGAAACUGUGCGCCCCGCCGGCGGGUGCGUCCAACGCUUCAGGUUGCGAGGACAUCAGGAGUUGGAUACAGGGAAUAACCAACAACUUCUAUUGGGUGGCAGCGUCUACUCCCGAUGGUGACGGCGAUUUGAUGCUAGCCAAAUUUUCAAGUGUUGUCAACCAUAUCCUCAAUAUUCAUCAUCACGACAGUCUACUCUUCCCACAAUGUAGCCACGGAGAGCUUGCAGAAAGAGCACGGCUAACUCCAGGUUCGGCCAAGCGUUUGGCAGUACAUACUGCAACACCAUGUAUGUUAUCAUACAAGUACAUCCUUGUUUAUUUCAGAAUAUACCUUGCUGCGCUUCAUUUCAACAUGAACACCAACAGGGCACAGGCCAUGGACAGGGAGGGCAACCCAGCAUUCAGCAUCUGCUAUCCAAGGGCCAAGCAGACAACGGGAGGAUAUACUGUCAGGAAGGUGCUGAUACAGGCCACUCACAAUUUCAACAAGAGGAUCGUGGAAAAGGUUCUGUUACUCUGCGCAGCUGGGGCAGACACCAGAGCCAACUACCCGGAGCUGAAGGCAAAUCCUGGAUAUCUAACAGCCAAGGUAACUCGCCCUAACAAAACACAGGCUGUGAAAGAAUUUUUGUCAAGGUUUGGUAAAGCGGUGGAGCCUAUGGGAAGACAAGAGGGUACUGAAGGUGUGGUUGUUCCAGCAAGUAUUGCAACAAAGAAGAAGAAGAAGAGCAAGCAUGCUGACAAAAGGCAUACCGAGGGCCAACAAGAGGGAGAACCUUCAUCCAGAAAGAAACGCAAGAAGUAA